CAUUGUUGACCAGGAGUCCGCGAAACGCGUGUGCUCGUGCCGGACCCUCGUUUCAUCGAACCGUGAAACCUGUGUGCGCGUGCUGUCAACCAUCAAACUCUUCUUCUUCUUCUUCUAAUAAUAAUAAUAAUUCCUCUAAUUUACCUUGUUAGCAAAUACAAUUUUUUUUUCAUUAAUUUAUUUCCAAUUUUUCCGUAUUUUUAUAUACAAGUGCCUUGUAACAUCAACUUCUAUAUGGAUACUCAUUAAUCAAGAUCCACUUUUGGCAUCAUCAAUUUAAGGGAUUUUUAUUUUUUGGACAUGCUUACAGAUAUAAUCAAGAAGGAGAUAAUUAACAAACAAAUUAAUCAAAUUUGUCUUUGAGUCAAUUAACCGAAAUUGAUGAUUAAUUAUUAGAAACUUCAACAACAAACAAACAAAUUGUUAUUUGAAAUUGGUCAUAGAAAAAUUUUUAUACCAUAAGGAUUGUGAAUAUAUCAGUCGUCAAGAAUUGGAUACUAAAGAUGUCUUAAGCAAAAUCGAUUGUUUUGAUAUUGAGGGUUUAUAUCAACAAAAAUCAUCAACAGUAGAAAUAAAGGAUGUCAUCUUCAAAAGUUGAUACAAUCAAAAAUUGAGGUUGACAUCAAUAAAAAUUAUUAACAGUUACAGAUAAACUAUUAUCAGCAUUAAAAUUUUUUUUUUUUAAUACAAGUUUCUGAUGCUGGGUGUUCUUAUCAGACGGUAGAAAUAAAAUAUAUUAUUGGUAUUGAAAAUAAUAAUUAUAAUAUAUUGAUAACAUUUAUUUGUCUUAAUCAAGAGUCGUUAACGAAAUCAAGGCUUGGCAACAAUAUUAAACCAUCAACAAUUGGCAGCAUCAACUGGCACCAUUAUCAACAUAACGAAAGAAAUGUGUUAAAAUUAUAUACAAUUUUCAAAAUUACAGAUCAAAUUAUUUAACAAUCAUCAAACUAAUGAUCAGAAAAUUAAGCAUCCAAAUUCUUCAACAUUCAACAAAAUUCGAAGAAUUCAUAAUAUUUCGGCUAAUUUGAAAGAUCUCUAAUUAGCUAUAAAUACAACCAUUUAUCCGUCCGUUUUGAGAAAUUGGUUUAGAGGGAAAUCGUAGUUAAAAAAUUUGGCCAAGAUGAAAGUGAUGAUUAACUUGCAUGUGUGCUUUUCUGAAUCUUAUUAUUGGAGACAAAUUUUGUGGAAUAAAAGCCGCGUGUCGUAAGCAUUAUUACAUUCUUAAUGAAUGUCAAGAGAAUGCAGGUUACGAGGUUCGUUAGCGGUGAAAUAAUUAGGACUGGAGCAGAAGGACGCUGCACACCGCAAACUAAUGUCCUGCAUCAGUAGAGAGAACCUGUCGUGACUAUGCUACUAGAGUGGCAUCAGUUGAUUACAGUCAUUGUCAACUCUCGCUUUCGAAACAAUUUUUGCAACGUCAACAAUGACAGACUCUUCAUCGAGAAAGGCCUUCAACUCACCUCAAAACAAAUUUUCCAGGUCAAUUAUUAUUAAUAGUGAGAGAGAUAGAACAAAAAAUUUAUUUUCCCUUGAUGAGAAGUAUAAACAGAUUAUAUAGUAUACUAUAAACAGAUUGCAAGGAAUCAAAUAGAAGAAAUAUUAAAAAUUUGGUUCUUAUGAGACAUAAGUGUCAUUAAGUAAAUAAUUCAGAACGUAAAAAAAAUUUUCACUCUCAAAUUGGAUAACAGUGUGAUAUUGAAGUGUUACCAGAAUAGGUAUUUAUGCACCGGAACUUGUGAAUGGUGGGAUUUUUAAUUUAGUGGAGGAAGAAAGAAAAAGAAAGAAAAAUGUUAAGUAUAAACAGUAAUUAUUGUUAGAGUGUGAAGAAAAGUGCACUUUUAAAGGCAGUCAUUUACCGACGCGGAAUGGAUCUUAGCACGACACCGCGACGUCCGCCGGAAGGCGUUUCGGAGCAUCAGAAAACGCGAAUUGCAAAGAGUGUCUUCAGCAUCAGAAGUCUUGUGGAUGUGGAGGACUCGGAGCUGAUCGUUAAUGAUGAACGUGUAUCAGAUAAUACGGCACGUGGUAGCAGCGAGGCUGUCUCACAGACAAGUCCUGCGAGCAGUACGAGCAGCUCCAGCGUGAGUCAGGCGAGCCAACAGGUGUCUCAGGUGAGCCAUACUCACCAUCAAACAGGCCAGAGUCAUCAAGAUAUUCAGAUGGGCAUUUCUACGGAGGAUGUGAGACCCGAAGACGAUGGUAUACAUCCUAGGGCGGCGCCAACGAGUCCUGAGAGUGAAGCUGAGAUCGACGAUUUUGCACCGAAAAGAAAACAACGGCGAUAUCGAACGACAUUUACCAGCUUUCAACUGGAGGAACUUGAAAAGGCCUUCUCCAGAACUCAUUAUCCCGACGUUUUCACGAGAGAGGAACUUGCCAUGAAGAUUGGUUUGACUGAGGCUCGAAUACAGGUGUGGUUCCAAAAUCGACGGGCAAAAUGGAGGAAGCAAGAGAAGGUUGGACCUCAGGGUCAUCCCUACAAUCCCUAUCUUGGAGCAGGUGGACCACCACCGUCGGCAGUUGUUGCGCCAACAUUACCAAAUCCAUUUGCACAUCUUGGCUCAUUUGCUCUUCGAAAACCCUUUGACACAUUUCGCUAUCCACCACUAAGUCAUGGACCAGUUUUACCCGGUGGUUAUCCACCGCAUCCUUAUCAUAGAGCAGCGCCACCACCCCUUCUACCACCUGGAAUGCCACUUCCUUAUACCUCAGCCGCUUCCUUCCAAAGUCUCCUGGCAAAUAUUUCUGCCGCACAACGACCAAAAUUAGUACGCAGCUCGCCACCACCACCACCGCCACCAGCGCCGGCGAUUAAUUUGCCUCAUCCGCCAGCACCAGCGGCACCACCUCCCCAACCGCCGCCACCACCACCACCACCCACGUCCAGUUCACCGCAAGGCUCACCAACUGGAAGUGUCUCGGGACCACUUCCCGACAUUGAUCGUAGGACCAAUAGCAUCGCAUCAUUGAGACUCAAAGCAAGGGAAUAUGAAUUGCAUCUUGAAAUGUUGCGCAAAAAUGGAGAUCUCAUCAGCUGAAAUAGUAUUCUUUAGCACUAUAUGAAGUGACCUUUCUUCGCGGGAUCGAGGAUUGUCUCAUUCCUCUGCUCCCUAUUUUUUUGCGUAUCAAGAGGCAUAAAUGAUGAUUUGAUGAUAAAAUUGUCACUGAUCUGAUGAUCAAAAUAUUAAUUGAUCAAAUAAUGGCUAAUCUAUUAAUCGAUUGGUUAUUAAUCUAUUGAUAAAAUCUUCUCAUGUAGAUCAAAAGUGAUUUUACUAUCAGAUUAUAAUUCUGGGAAAGAUCAUCAACGUCUGAAUAGUGGAUGUUUUUUUAAGGAUAAAAUUUUUACCCAUACAAGAAUAAUCCUAUGAAUCAGUUAAGAUAGUGCAAAAUUUUGGAAUGAUCAUUUCUAAAAAUGAAAAUGUCUUUGGUUUUGUCCAAUGUUCCAGGAAAGUUCUCAAAAUACAUUUUUGGAACGUUUUUAAUCCAAAUGUGUCCACUGGAUAAAUCCUAUAAGUAAUGGCUGAUCCAAUGUGGCGAAAGAUUUUUCAAAAAUUGAUUAUAUUCAAUGGUUGAAUUCAAUUUAUAUUAAUAGAUUGUUUUUUGGGGAUCACUGAUUACAAUUUUUAUAUCAAAUUCGUAAGCGCUUUAAAAAACUAUCAGAUAGAGAGUUUUAUGCGAAAUUUAUUAAUUUUUUUUCAGAAAUAUUACACCAAUUGGUUCCGUUAUUUUGAAUUUUGAAAAUCUGAACUCAAAUUCGUAAACAGUGACCCCGAAAAUUUUCGACUGACAACCCAGAUAGCACGCAAGUUUGCUGCCAACUUGCAUUGCAAGUUUUGCAAGUUUGUUUUUCAAGCUUGCAAGGUCCCACCCUUUGCACACUUGCACUGCAACCUUGUAGCUAGCUUGCAGCAAACUUGCAGAAAACUUACAGCAAGCUUGUAGUGCAAGUUUGCAAAGGGUGAGACAUUGCAAGCUUGCAGCAAAUUUGAAAAGCAAACUUGCAAUGCAAGUCGACUGCAAGUUGGCAGCAGAUUUGCGUGCUAUCUGGGAAAUGUUAUUUGAAUCUGAACGAUCUUUAAAAAAAACUUUUCCGCCAUAUUGUUUCCACCAUUUUGAAUUUUGAAAAACCGACUGAAAUUUUGUAAUCAGCGACCUUGAAGCGAGCCUCGUAAAUAUUUGCACAAAUCUAGGUUUUUUUUAUUAAAAUUUCUUGACAUUUUGGACCCACUUUCUUGAGUUUUGUUCUCCCAUUGUGGAGUUUAGGAUAUUUUUUUUAAACAACUGAUUAAUUUUACUUCUGUUAAAUUGAAAAUGUAUUUCGUAUGAAUGUUAAGAACGUGAUAGAAAAAUCGAGUUUUCAUAAAUUUCUCACGUGAAUUAAUGGAACAUUCGGUAAUUAUCAAUGAAAAAUUUUAUCCCCUCGCUGUUUUAAUAAUCUAUGUUUUUAGGUUUGUUAGUAUUUUGCCUCUGAUUUGGCUUUUUGAUCUAAAAAUUGAGCAAAUUUUUGAGGUUAUGUUAGACAAUUUUAGCAUUCUCUUGACCAAUGUGCUUAACAUUUGACUUUAAAUUAUGAGGAUAUGUUGGCUUCUUGAUUCUUACUUAUCACCUAUAAUUUUGAGGUUAUGUUUUCAGAUUUGUUAAUAUUUUGACAAUGAACAUUGUCAAGUCAUAAAUCAAACAAACAUUAGGUCUGAGGAUAAUAAACAUAACCUCAAAAUUAAGUAAAAAUACUAUAACGAAUUAAGAGGACGCUGGGUUUAAGAUAAAAAUCGGUAAACAUAACCUUCAAAUUAGAUCAAUUUCUGGGUCAAUAGAGCGAACAUAACGUUAAAAUUUAAGGUAAGAUUUUAAGUUCUUAUAUACAAGAUGUUAAAAUCAAUAAACAUAAAUUUAAAAUUAGAACAAAACUCAGAGCUAAAAUACGAACAUAACCUCAAAACUUCAACUUUUUUUGGUCUCUGUAGUUAAAACUACUCACUUCACUAAUAUGGAUGUUCUUCAAUUCUUCAACUUGUGCGAGACUCUUCAUAUAUUGAUUUCUCGAGUAUAUAUAGUUGUUGUUUUUUAAAGAAGACUACAACGACGACGAUGCAACUCUCAUCCAUGGAUCCGCAUUCCUGAUUACAUUCUCGAUUUUCGAAUGUUCCGUUAUUCUAAGAACGUCUCUUCAAAGAAAAUUUCUUCAAGUACAUCUCUUCACAUGUAUAUAUCUAAUGUUUAAUGUUAAUCUCUAUCUGUUAAUAUCCUUUUGUCUCAUAAUUUUUCAAUUCAGUAAAAAUAAAGAUUAUCUUUGUUCGCACUGGUGCAAAUUUUAUAAAUAUCAAAUAUCUUUUUUAAAAAAAAUAACAAAAAUUCGCCUCUUAUCAAAAUUGUUUAUUGUUCUGAUAAAAAUAAUCAAUUUUCAGUCUGAAGAUUUUGAGCUUGAAGAAAAUAUAAUAUAAGAAGAGAAUUUCGGAAAAAAGUGAAAAAAAAUUUUCGGAAGUGAAGUGACAAAAUAUUAUUAAAUUUUAAAAAAUUAAAAUUUUUUUUUUUUUAUUAAUUUUGAAAGAGACAAGAAAAAAUUAAAGAAAUAUAAGAAUUUUCUUAUAGAUAAAAAAGGAGGAAUGGUGCAAUAGUCGUGUAGCACGGGAUGUAAUAAAGUAUAGGCAAUGCAUUCCUCAUCCUGCGGUUCUAGUGAGUAAAAUUAUCUAAAGAGUCUUUUGUUAUAACAUAUAUAUAUAAUAAUAUGUUAAUUGAUAUAAAGAAGAUAUCUCUUCUUUAUGAGCAGAAAUAGCCUCUGUGCCUUAUCAGCGAAAAUUAGACACAAAAUCAAAGGGUUUCUAUAUAUAUAUUGUGCCUAAUGAAAAAAAACGACAAUCGGUAUCGUUACAAAACACCGAUCAUUUUUCACCGGCCUGUGAUUCGCGUAGAUGUUCAAAAAUUAUAUCCGUCCUUUAUAUUAAAAAAAAAAAAAAAAAAUGUCAAUCAUUUUAAAAAUUUUCGUUUUUAGGGAAAUUUCUCUGUUUGGAGAUUAAUCAGGAUUAUCAUAAAAACUAGAUGAUUUAAAUUUUAAACAUAAAAAUCUACUAUUCAUUUUAAACUAUAUUUUAUUUCUUUUUAUAUUUUGACAAUAUAUUAUUUAAUAAUUAUUGUAGUGAAAAAAAUAUUUGUUUGUCAAUAAUUUUCUUUUAACCUAAAAGAAAUGUAUGUUUAAA